AGAGGACGAGCGUGCUUCAGUGGCGGGGCGACAAGCGGGAGGUUCGGGGCUGUGGAGGAGGCCUGGUAUCAUUGUCUCCUUUCUGAAAUGGGUGAUGUUCAUGCUCAGUUAACACCAGAAACCCCAGGACAUAAAAAAGUUCUUAACCCUUUUGAGAGUCCCAAUGAUUACUGCAGCUUAAACGAGCCAUUUGUUUCCAGUCCAUCCAUGUUCAAACCUGCAAAGUCUUCAGCCACUCCUCAUCAGUUUAAAUGGUCAAUUGAUCAGCUUGCUGCAAUAUACCCUGUUGAGAUUGAUCCUGACGAUAUACAUCGCCAGGCUUUAUAUUUGAGCCAUGCCAAGCUGGAUAAGGAAGCAGAGGACAGAAGACAAAAGGCUAUUGAAGAGUUUUUUACGAAAAGGGUAAUUGUUCCUUCACCUUGGACCCAACAUGAAGAAAAACAAGCUCAGUUUAAUUCAACAAAAUGUGUUGAUCUUAACUACGAAUCCCCUCUUGGAAGAGAACAAACUGUAGCAACAGGAAAAAGUACAGUUGCUUGUCAAACGCAGUUGUCAUUACCAAUUGACUUCAAUCUGGAGCGAAUACUAGGUGUGUACUUUAAAACAGAAGAGCAUGCAGAUCAAUCUCAGGAAAGCUUAAGCACCUCAUCACUUCGAAGAAAGCUAUUUUUGGAUGGACAAGUCAGUGGAUCAGAGUGUCCUUCACCCUCCUCUCCGCCAUCAGCCACAUAUGAUGCUCCCCCCAGCCUCUCUGGGAGUUCUGUGUUCAAUAGAUCUAUCUCCUGUCCGAUGCAGAAGCCCUAUGCAAACUCCCAGUUCGGGACAGUUUUCUUCAAGUCCAAUUCAAGGUGGACGAAGAGCUUUCAGUCUUGGGAGCAUAGCAAGCCCCACAUUUUUUGAAAAGUCGCCCCCAAGAGACUUGUCGCCAACAUUCUCUCCAAUAUCGACAGAUAAUGGAAAGACACCAAUAGCUGAACAGAAGAAGUUAUCAUUCCUUUCCCCAGACACCGUUUCUUCUUCAAAUUCCAUGGUCAAUUCAUGUGCCAGAAGCCCUUUAAUUGAAGGAUGUUCUCCAAUCAAGAGUGUGUUUGACAGCAGUCCCCAUGUUUGCAGGGACAGUGCACAGUUCCGGACUGCUGUACCAUUCUCAAUAGAACAUCUGGAGGAAGAGAGAGAAAACUCCCCUCCUGCACAUGUCUCAUCACCUGAUGGCAGUAUUGUUAUACAGUUACAUAACCUAGAUACAUCUUUUCCUGAGGCACACAAUAUGGACCCACUGACCACUACUGUACAAUCAAGAAUAUGUAAGGAAACCGAAAAUGACAUGAAAGAAAAUGAUACUGUAGAAAUGGUGGAUCCCUGUAGAACUGGAGGAUGAUCAGAUUUGGGUUAAAGCUGCUACAGUGACA